AAAAGUAUCUUUGAGAAAACUUUGUCAAUUGUGAAGAAAGAAAAAAAAGAUGAAGAAUUUGUUAUUGGGUCACACAAAAAUUGUUACUAAUCACUUUAGAUUUUCCUCCUUCUCUUCUUCUUCAAUCUCUCGUUUCAACCACUUCACUGCCACUACAACAAAAUUGAAAUCUGAUGCAGCAAUAAGAACAAUACUGAAACUGAAAGUAAAAACCCUCAUUUUUCAACCACCUUUCAAUCUUGCUGCUAACUACCUCCGUAAUUUUCGUUUUUCUGGCAUUGGAAGCAUCUUAGGCGUAUCGGUUGCGACUGCAUCAACUAUAGGUUAUGCCAUGGAUGUAGCUGGGAAUGCUUUGGUGGAUGAUCGUCAUAUCGAUUCACAAGAUCUUUCGGAGGUGGAAGAAAAUGUGCAGCAUCUGUGGAAAUUGGCUGGGAAAUUUUGGCUGCCAUUUUUUUUCUUUGUUACAGUGCUUACAAACUUGGAUGAACCAUUUACUAUACUAUUCAUUAAAAUGACCUUAUUCCUACUCAGCACAAAGCCUAAUCCUUUCUCUGUCUAUAUUUUUGUUGAUCAGUUGUGCCAACAAUGCCAAGAUACCACAUUUUUUAAAGGAAAGUCAAUAUAUGCCAGCAGAGUUGAAGUAAAGGACUAUAACCUUCUUUGUGUGGCUGAUGUUGAAGUAAGAGAUAACAAGUUCACAUUGGUUGGAAUUCUUGGUACAUGGUGGACUCUACCACAUUUACAAUUUUGGGAAGCAUGCUUUUUGGUUAGAAAUAGACUUGGGAGAAGCUUCUUAUUGGAAAGAACUGAACAAGGAAGUUAAAGAUUUAAAUCUAGUUGGGGAUAUGUACUCUCAUUUUCUCAAAUUUUUACUUGUAUCGAGGUGCCUAAUUAGUGUCUUGUCUAGUGUUGUGUUAGUGUUUCAUAGCUUGUCAUUUUAUUUUAGCUCUAGGGUGAAAGUCAUGAAAUUUUCUUGUUUCUGUAAAAGGGCUUACCCUUCCACAGUCUAGUAUUUUUUAUUUUUAUAAACAAACGUUAGUGGUUAGGGAAAUUGUUAAUUCCAAGGAUUGAAUUUUAGACCUCCUGCAUGAAACUUAUUCAAUGUCCCAAGUCUAGUAUUGUGCAACAUAUUCAUCAUGCUAAUUUUAGAGAGUUGUAGAAUUAGAUCAGUUGAACCCCUUUGUGGAAAACUUUGCUAUAAAACUAUGUUACAUAUUGAAGAAGAAGAAACUCAGUAUCAUCACAA